AGAUUAACAAACUCAUCAACUGAUUUACCAUCAUUCCCUAAUACCCUCUAUCUGUCUAACCUCACUAUUACUUACCCGGUGAUCCAAGCAGACGCCAGCAAUAUUUCUAAGGCAUCUGUGGUCACGUGUUACGUAUGCCUGAACACCGACUACCACGACGUAACCAAUGGUUGGAGACUCUUGGUGACAUGGCUCACAAUCGAUCACAAUGGCGUCGGUGUAUACACUCCCUGUCUUCCCUUAAACUAAGAGAUUAAAAUCACUUCAUAUCUUUCCUUCUACGAACCAAUUCUUUCUUCUUGUGCUAUAUCUCUAUAUGCAAUCUUUCUCUUAUAUAUUACCACCUUUGACCUAACCACUGCUGUGAAUCCGGUGUUCAUCUUGUUGUGCUGAUGCGGUAUGGCAACCUGGACCGAUGCACAUAUGUGCCUGGUCCUACGUUGUAGCUGACUGACUGUGGUCAAAUACUAGUAGCUUGCGAAUAUCUUCUACUCUUAAAGGCCAUGUUUCGCUGCCGUAAAUUAAAACAGAACGGACUGCCGCGCAGUAUACUCGUCCUUUUAUUGAUAGACGGAUAUCUCGCCUUCGCCAUAGGUAACGUAAGUUGGCAAAAGCCAAACGAGAUUUUCGAAUCCGUGCUGAGAUUUCGUCAGACACCAGCCCAUUAGGGCUGAUCAGACUUCCAAGAUAAGUGAAGUUGUCAUCGCGUUCGACUACUUCACUCCCUAUCCUUAGUUUAGGUGUUGGCGCAGGCCAGUCCUGAAGCAACAACUUGCAUUUAGAGGGAGAGAAGCGCAUUCCAAACAUUCUGGCGUUGUUGCUUAGUGCUACCAAAAGACUCUGCAUUUUGUCAGCGUCUUCACCAAACAGGACUGUGUCAUCUGCGUAUUCUAAGUCGAUAAGUGACCUGGAAGGAGAUCAAUACCCGAGAAUUCAGUCGACGAGAAUGUUAUUUCCAUCAAUAGGUCUAUGAUGAAGUCAAACAAAAAUGGAGAAAGUGGACAGCCUUGACGGACACCACUUGAGGUUGCAAAAGCAGAUGACAGUUCUCCAUAAGCUCUGACACAACUAGUAGUGUCCGAGUAAAGAGCCUUCACAAGGUUUAUGUACUUCUGAGGCACGCCUUUCAAUGACAGACACUGCCACAGAAUCUCGCGGUCUACCGAGUCAAAUGCUGCUUUUAAGUCAAGAAAGACUACCAUUGUCGGACGCCGAUAAGUGUGCAUGUGUUCUAGAACCUGACGAAUGGUGAAUAUGUGGUCGAUGCAGCCACGACCAGGUCUGAAGCCAGCUUGAUUCUCUCGUGUUUGCAGUUUACGAGUCUUAGUUAGGCGUCUGAUAAUUAUCGAGGCUAGUAUUUUAGAUACUAAAUUAGUUAAACUAAUCCCUCUAUGGUUGUCACAGGAUGAUUUUAACCCUCUCUUAUAUAUUGGGACGAUAAGUGAUUGCGACCAGUCAGAUGGAAUAACGUCUAACUCCCAGAUCUUAGCUAAAAUAUUAAUCAACCUAAUCGCUAAAAUUGGACGACCAUCCUUAAAGACCUCUGGAGCCAAUCCAUCUGGAUCAGCUGCCCUUCCUCGUUUCAGAUUAACUAUAGCCUUUUGAACUUCAGCUGGAGUUGUGGGACCUACUUCAAUGUUCCAUUCACACUGUCUGGGAAUGGAGGGUAGUUGUAGAGUAGCUGAAGGCCAGUUGAACUGUUCUCUGAAAUGUUCCGCCCACCGUUCUAAACGUCUGGACUGGGAGCAGAUGAGAGUAUCGUCUUUUUCCGAUAUAAUCUCACUUACACUUGAUUUAUUAAUUCCAGUUUCUUUUAUUAGUCUGUAGAGCUGUCUUGUGUUCCCUAUAGUCGCCGCCUUUUCCAUCUCUUUUGCUUUCGUUGCCCACCACUGUUCACGGUCGUUCCUUAGACUUUUGCCUAACCUAGAUCUGAUUUGUUUUCUCUCAUCAUCGUGUUCAGAGCCUGAUGGGACGAGUUUGCGAGAAUCCAUCAGUGUGAUAGACCUUGAGGAAAUCCACUGGUUCUUUGUAACCCUGUGGUUUAGAUCACUGAUAGAUGUCACUGUUGUUUUCACAGCUGUUUGUAUGUCUUUCCAAGCAACAUCUGGGUCAGCCUCGUCUUCAGAACUACCUAAUUGUGACCUCAGUUGUUCUUGGAACCUACUUUUGGUUUUCUCGCUACUCAAUUCAGUUCUAAUGGGUCUUUUUAGUGUGGCUUUUUUGCGUCCAGUGAGGCGCAAGCAGAUGCGUGCCCGUAUUAGGGCGUGGUCGGAGUCCAAGCAGGUACUCCAGAAUGAGCGACAAUCUUCUACCGACCCUCUGGAACUAUGACUGAUGGCAAUAUAGUCUAUUUGAGUCCAUCGUUGGUUUGGUGUAGGGGGUCGCCAUGUUAGACUAUAUCUCUCCUUAUGCUUAAUAUUUGUGUUUGCUAAAAAUAAACGAUUGUCUGAGCACAGUUGCAGCAGACGAUCACCAUUGUCUGUUCGUUGUGCCGGAAUACUAAAAUACCCACCUAAAUGCCUUUCUGUUUGGUUUAAACUACCUAUUUAGGCAUUAAAGUCACCUGCUACGAGUACUAUGUCUGAACGUUUAGCUUUCUGAAGAAGUUCAGAAAGCUUUCUGUAAAAUCCAUCCUUCACAUCAUCCGAGCUGUAGUCGGUGGGAGCGUAGGCAGAAACGACAAAAGGGCAACGACGUGUGUCCCUAUCCUUCCGAGUUCUUACGUAGCCGUUUAGUCGAACAGCAUAUAAACGACUGUUAACAGGGAUCCACUCUAACAGUGCUUGUUCCACCCUCAUGCUUAGUGUUAUGCCCACACCUGCCAGUCCAUGAAAACUGGUCGUUGGGUGAAUAGAUACACGGAGGAUGUAUUCAUUGGCUCUUCAUUUUGCCGAGGUGAGGUCAAGUGAAUGACCACAAUGGGAUCCUGUAUGCGUGUUUCGGAGACACAGCAUACAUUAAUGGAAAGAGACUCUAGGGUUUUAGCCAAGGAAGCCUGUUGACCGAUUUGACAUAAGGUGCGUACGUUGAAGGCACCAAUGUGUAGUUUGGAGCGAGGUUUCAGUAGACCUGGGACAGAGUUUUGAGCACUAGAAUCGUUGGCUAUGGUGACACUUGAGGAGGAAGCCGAAAGAGGAGAUUUAGAGUUGAAAGUCGAUGUAGGAGGAAUAAUAGGAAUUGAAGACGGAGGUUGAUUAUGAAAACAGUGGUCUUGAGUGCUGUUAGAGGUAUGAGGGCGGUUAUCACUUCCCGGUUGCCCACACCGAGGAAGGGUUCUUCUGGAGGUACCUGAAAAGGAAAUUUGAUUAGAGGUGGUCUUAGUGACCUGAGAGCGUGACCGCAGUGCCCAAGGGACAACUGCUCGAGGUCGGUCACACACGACCUUUUUAUGGGUGAUUUGUGUGUUAGCUCCGUACUUGUUGAGACCUUACCGCCGGAGACGGAUAUCUGUGGGAUAAGGCGAGGUGUGCAUUUUUAGGGUCGACCUUUUCUUACCCCACCCCUCCUUGUGGGAAGUCAGCAUCGCUGUCAUGCUGGUUGUCUGAAGGAAACACUUUACUGCUGUCACACCUCUGUACAGUCAGCAGUACAACUUCGCCUUCGGAUCUUGGAUUUGUUGCUUUUAGUCUUACCGCUCUUCAACUGACCUGUCUGACAUGGUAGAACCUUGAGGAACGGUUGUUGCAGCCAGUAUAGCUCGGUUGCUUCAUCACGAUAGGCAAGCCUGACCACCACGUCAAGGUAGCAACAACGGUCGGGACAAUAUCACUUCAACUGAACUAAAGUGAAUUAAAGUGGAAACAGUAGUUUUAAUGCGUAAUUUACAACCGAAACAGUAAAUUUAACUCAACGAGGAAUAACACCACUGUCCUUAUGUCUCCCCGGGACCUUCCACACUGCCCAUUAUUUUUCAAAGCUGGAACUAGGUGAAAAUAGUAAAGGUUGUCUUUUUACUACUUGGCACCGUGAUAUGAAAGAUAAGUGUACAGGACUGGUAUCUGUUAGUCCAUCAAGACUCCUGUAUUGGUGCUCAUGAGGUCGUGUAACUCAGUAUAUUAAGACACUAGAUAUGACUCAAAAUGUAACUCAGUAACAUAUCUACCUUAGUUUUUCCUACAUUCUUCGUAAAAGCGAGUUAUGUUCAUUAGAUUGAAAGAUAUUUUAACUGCAGUUUUGGUUUUUUUUUUCGUUAAUCGCUUUUCAUUCAUUCAUAAAUUAUAUACCCCUUCUCCUUUCGAUUUCACGAUAUCAUUAUUUGCAAUAUUUUUUGUACCAUUCAGUUAUAAUCAAUACAUCCCGAGAAAAAUGUGUCACAUUCCGAGCUUCCAUACACUUGUACCUAAGUUUAUGUUCUAUAAACCCCUUUUGGAGUUAAGCUUACUGAAAUUACGUUUUUGAUUUAUAUGAUUCAUAACCUUCCUCAACUAUGAUCUUUGUUAGCGCACUCAUCUAGAAAGUUCUUGGGAGGAUGAUUAAUUAAAAUAAUUUCUCGGAAAGUUUUGGGAGUUGUUUCAAUCAAAGUACGUCAAUUUAUUCCCUUCAUAAUUCUCAGUACCAUCUAGAAGAUUUUCAGGCUGUUGGUUAGAGCAUUUACUUCUCAAUCAUUAGGUUAUAAGUUAGAAUCGCUUCCCUUCUACUUUGAUUUGAGAAGGUGAGUAAUAUCACUAACCCUCAAAAACGCUUCGCGAAGCUUAGAUGCAUUUCUGGUUUCCAACUUAUGUUACUGCUGUAUUGUGAACAGAGUAUUUGGUCCAAAAAUCAGAGUUAACAUCAAUGUCAUUUUUUGAACAGCUAUUCACAUAUCCUCCUCAUAAUUACAUCACUGUAACUACUGGUUCUCUUGUUUCUAAGCUAAGCGCAGAGGGUUGUUAACUGUUGAUUUUCGCCUUCGUCCAACCACAAGGUAUCCAUCCUUGGACCAAUAGGUUAUCAAAGUUUUGGGAAGGUCUGGCACAGAUAUACUUUGGCUCAAUUCGUCACAUCACAUAAGCAUGACGAGAAAACAACAAGCUGAAUAGCAAACGUAAUAGGAAUAAUAGCAGUGAUAACGAAGAAAUCUGGCAAUAUCGUUGAUCGUUAUACAGUUGGUAUAGCUCAGCGCUUAAUGUAACGUUUAUUUUUUAGAAUGACCUUAGUAUUGUUGCAUCAUAUGAUCGUCGUGGUCGUUAUAUUUAUACUGGGAACUCAAAAGGCAAAGUAAGUGAAACAAUAUUUUUUGUUCAUUUCAUGAAUACUUAUCAUUUUUCCUCAUUAUCUUCUCAAAUGCUCGAAUUUCGGAUAUUUAAUAAGUCGACAGUUCGUUUUAAUAGAUAUUCUAUCAAUGACGUUGGAACUCUUAAUUUGUUGAAGAGUUUGUUCAGGGUUUUUCUGCUGAGGUACGAAUCUAUAAUUAUUUUUCAAAACUACCCCAACAGAAUUUUCACUAGACAGCUAGUUCAUAGAAUACCCAGGGGUUAGAAUAUUUCUUUAGAAAAUUUUUAUGUAACUUGACUAUAGAAACGCUGUCUUAUCUCCGUUUUCGAAGUUGUUUUCUGGUAUUUAAUACAUAUUUGUUUUUUGUAAUUUAUAGAUCUUCGUAAUACCUUGCUGUUCAAACUGUGAUCACUUAUGUUGAUGUACUAAUGUAUAAUUCUUUAAUUGUUUUGGUUGUUUAAGUGUUAUUCCUAACAAACUUAUUAAUAAACGACUACAAAACUAAGUGAAACCUGAGUUUCAAUAGGGUUAUGACACCAGAAAAUUCUGACGUUUCCGUCUAUUACGCUAAGGAAUCAAAUAGAUAGAUAAAUAUGGACGUCAAUUCGGCCAUGUGUCUUUGAAGCAUUUCUUACGUAUUGUGGAAUAACCGAUUGCGUAUUACUGGGAUUAAUCGUACGACACUAGGAAAAUGUAGCAAAUCAACUGAUAAGGUUGUGAAUAUUUAUCGACUGUGACAGCUUGAAUAUGUGUUAUUUCUGCCCAAACCACCUAUAUUGACGCAAAAUGUUAAUCGGAAUAGGAACAGUCUAGAGGAAAGUAAGCGCUCGUGAUACCAGGACAUGGCAUCACUUUAUGAAGUCAUUGGCCGUUGGACUGAGUCAUGCUUGUAGAUGCAGGCUACCUGGUUGGGGUUCACGCAACAACUACGAUCAAUGACUGAAGAUGGGUGGUAUUGUUAAAAGUCAUUCACAGCAAUACAGAUCCAUUCAACCUUUGUCUUGCACUAAUUCUUGAGCUUUAAUGUUUCAUCGUACUUUCUAUCUAUUCUUUUCGAACGUUAUUUUCUGAUAUUUAAUUUUUUUUAUACCAUAAUUGGUACUACUAUUAUGUUGACUCUUGCUAUUUAUCUCUCUAAUUUCUCCUCGUGAUGUAGUAUGGGAACUCGAGUUGAUGCAUAUAUGCACCAUGCUAUGUCCACUAUAACUAACUGAACUUCACUACUUUUUUAUGUAUACUGUACUUAGUUUACACAUUACUGUGUGAUUUUAGAAUUAAGAACAUUAACUGUUUGGCCGAUCUAGAUUUAGAUCACAUAACAAAUCUAAUCAAGUGUUAACUAAUGCAUACCUUUAAUUCAGAUAACAGACAAAUACAAAACUUAAUAAUGUGACAUUGAAAGUUUGUUUGUCAGUUGCAGUUUAGCUAACUGAAUGAUCAUUUAUUUGUAAUAAAGCAUUCUCCAUUUAUUUCGGUAAGAAAAGGUAAGUAGAAUCACUAGCCAUGUAUGUAUACAAAAUAUAGGAUUCAAAAUUGAUUAAAUAUACCUAUAAAUAAUUAGAGAAUUACACAAAAUAACUAUGUAACAGUAUAUGGUUCUAAUCCAGUUAUGUUUUAUGUGUUUUCUCAACCGUACUGUAACCACCUUUUUUUCAGCAUUAAGUUGUCGACUGUUAUUCUCAGUUGUUUCGUAGACUUCAUUCAUUCAGUCUGAUAGUUUUUUUACAUGACUUAGAUCAACAGUUGCGAACUCCAUAGACAAAUAUCAUUUCGUGAUCCUUUUAUUUAUUAUUUUUUUGAACACAUAAAGGACACCGAAUACAUAUGCGCUACUCAAUUCAAUUAAUUUGUGUGCGGAUUAUGGUAGUGCCCGGAUGCCGAGACCGAAGCAGGUGGUUUUCUUAGGAGCCACACCCGGAGCCUUCGACCUAAAGGUCUGAUCCACAAGGUAGUGGAACAACGUCAGAAGAUGCAGUCCCAUGGUGGCCGAUGACCAAAAAUAGGUUCACACGCCAUUUGUUCUCUCAGGAUCCUGGAACCCAUGUAGACCAUUGGUUUGGAAUCAGGGUUUUCCAACCCCCUAUGUGGAUCGUCCAUAUCCACCAACCCGGUUAAAGCGCCGGACAUUCGCUUUCCGUCCUCUCAAUUUUGUAACCAACACCCGUGGCACAUGAAUGCAGUGAAUCGGACUUUUUUGACAGUGGCCGAAUACGUGUAACCAUGUGAGAGCAUUUUGAGAGGGAUCCGACUCUCCUCACCCUCGGUAUUUGAGGGUUUUGUGAUCUUAAUAAACAGUAAUAUCUUGAUUUAAAAGAUUGUCCAAAAUUUGUUAGUCAUUCAAUUGUUAAGUAAUUUAAUAGUAGUGAUAAUUUUAUUUUCUCUAUCUUUAAGUUCAAAAGCUUUUUAAAUGUAUUUAAUAUUGAAUUGUAAAAAUCCAUUCACUUCCUACAUAUAGGUUUGUAUAUAUGAAACGAAAGAUUUCCAGUUGAUCAGCUCAUUUAAAUCAACGUCAGCAGCGAAUGCUGCCAUUAAAUCGAUAGAAUUCGCUAGACGUGGGGAAUAUUUCCUACUUAAUUGUGCUGAUCGAGUUAUUCGAGUGUAUAACUGUGAAGAUGCAUUAAACGCAAAUGUUACGGAUCCGGAGCCGAUAAAAAAAUUGAAGGAUCUUGUAACUGGGUAAUUGUUUUGUAACAAAUUUAAAACGUAUUUUUUUCCAUUAUCGUCAAUAUCAGUUGUAACUGAUUGAUCACUAAGUAUUAGCAUAUGUCAUGUCUUUCGAUCGAAUUCUAUCGAUCAAGUUGGAUUAUGGCCACUUAGCUAAGUGACAGCAUCACAUGUACUCUAUCGAAAUGUUAGGUGGUUGGACGUAGCGGCAGAAAACCUUGCCUGAUGUAGGUUUCGUGCCCUUAAUAUUGAGCGAACUGGUGCUCCUUAGUGUGUUAAAAUCAGCAUCACUUUGCUUUACAGUCUUCAAUAUCACUACUAAAUUGUUUCCUGCUUCGAUUUUGGCACCCGGGCAGUAUCACAGCCCUCACACAUCAAAUGAGAUUUGUGUGGCGCAUCUGUAUUUGGUGCCUCCUUGUACCAAUAUCUAUGUGUUAAAAUAAACUAAAUUGUUUGGGUCCGACUGACCACUAGGACUGAAAUAUUUGCAAUUGAUUAGUCAUUGAGUAGUGGAUAAUGUCAUGUUCUUUUUAAGAAAGGGACUUUAUAAAGACUGGUUGAAUUUUGAAAUUAGUUUUUGGUGGACUAACAUUAAUUGGAUAAUAACUUGAAUACCUCGUUUGGGACUUUUCAGUAUUGCAUUCUUCCUAAUAGUAUUACUUUUUUCGGCCUACUUGACUCUGUAGAAUAAUAUGACCAUACAGUCCGAAUGUAAUAUACAUCCGGGAAUAUCCAGACUGACGGAAGUGGCGCGCACAACUGCAGGAUGGAAAUGUUGAUAAAUUGUUAUUUUUUGCUGAUAUAACGGAAAAAUAGGAAUCUAAUGACACAAUAAUAGAUAAGUGAUACGAACUAUGUGAUCAAUAGAAUUUGGUCACUGGGUAGAGUCAAAACAACAAAAAAGUAUAAAUGUACAAUAAUAUGUUGGUGAUUCAUUAAAAAUCCGAGUAGUUACCUUACUCCUGUUACCCCUCAUGAAGCAUAGGACACCGACCGGGAUUCUCCAACCAACUUUGUUCUAGGAUCUUUCUAGUAGUUCCCAAGUGCUAUUCAUUCUUUCGAUGUCUGCCUCUUUCCCUUUUGCUUUGAGGAUUCCAAGUUAGGAGUGAGUACGUCUGUACGAUAAAUAAGUAUGUACUUAGUCGAUGGUUCACACUAAGCUUUAAAAUCUUAACUCUAUAACAGCAAAAAUAAAAAACGAUUUGUCUUCGACAGGAAUAUACGGUAAUACCAUAAUGCUAAGCUGAGCACUCGAUUGAUUUACGUCAUACACACACAUAAUUGCCGACGAACAAUCGAGAACUGUAUUAUAAACCAGACAAUGAUGUUGUUGGCAUAAAUACAAGCCGUUCACACACCAUGAAACCUAGGUGAGAGAUCAAUAAGGGGAAUAAAUAUUCAAGAAAUAUAAAAAUGUAGGAUAUUUCUACGUUAACUAGUAUGAAAAAUCGAGACAAAAAUUCUGAAAAAAAAAACACUGAUACAGGUUUCGAGAGAAAUGGGAAUUUGUGCCAAGAGUUACAUUAUAACAUAUAAAGUCAAGUAAAUUAACAGAGUAGAUGGAACAUAGCGCAAAAAUGAUAGGGAAUAAUAAUUGUGGGCGUAAGACAAGGUAUUACUCAAUAGGAUGAUAAAAAUUAUAAGUUCUCAUUCUUGUGCUAGAUUUACGACUCUGUCAUUUUAGGUGCAUUAGUUCGUUUUCAACCUUUUAAUAGUGAUAGACUCAAAACAUUUCGAAGCUGUUUAAGUAUUAAUUACUUUAAACGGUUUCUUAGUAUCAACAAUGUGACUGAUACCAAGCAAAUGAUGGAAAAUUGUACUUUGCAAAACACGUUAACCUCUUACUCUCAGUUGUGGAAUGUGCUCCGAAAUGCAAACAAGAACCCUCCUUUCUGUUCCUUCAAUGUAAUUGCUUUGAUACGUACAUGUAAACCGGUAAAUAAAAUUGGAGGUAGCAAAAUAUGAAAAUUUGCCUUAUUUUGUUUGUCUCAAUCCGAAAUUUGUUUGAUACAAAGAAACUGGUUUUAGUGUCUGGAUACCUUCUUUUCAACUCAGCACUUUAUGUGUUAUAACCAUGCUAAUGUAGUCCAUCCCAUGGAAAUAUGCUUUAUGAGAAACACAAUUAUAAUGAAAGUUCAAGUAUGAAACGAAAUUUUUGGUAAAUAUUACACCCUAAUAUACAAUAAUCAUGUACUAAAUGAACAGGAAAAUGACAGAUCAUUGAAUGCAACAAAAUGAUUAAACAUCGAGAUUGUUGUAGAUAAUCUCAACUAUAAUAAUCUAAUUGUAAACAUUGUAUGUUUCCCAUCAUAUUAUGAUCAUUUCAUAACAACAAUGUAGUCAGCUUUAUGCUCAUUGAUUUUUCCUCUACAGUUUUACUCUUGCCUAUACUCUUACAUCGAUCAAUCAUUAUCACUGUCGUACUGUGUGUAUGAGUAUGUAUCAGUUCAGAUUGCCCAGACAUUACGUUAGCACAAUAAGGUGCAAUUAAUAAAGUGAUAAAGGCAUGAGGUAGACGACAAUAUCGAGAAGUUUAGAUAUAGGAAAUAGAUUUUUGAGAAAGUGUAUUCAGAGAGGGACGGAAAGUUAAAAAUGAUAAUUAACUUAAAAUUUAGACAAAGAUAGGGACUAAUAUUAUGAAUUCUUUGUAUCUAUUCAAAUAUCAUUGGUCACUUGUAUGUAGAUUUAUUUACUCAUCAAAAAAAAAAAACAAGAUAAUAUUCAGGGAACUUUAUCUAUUACUAGUAUAGGGGUUGUGGAGAUUAUUUUUUGAUUGAGAUCAUGAACCGAUUGAUGUUACACCACCACCUUUGGAAACCUGGAAGCACUGGACGGCCGUUUCGUCCUAUUGCGGGACUCCUCACCAGUGCGCAUCCACGAUCCCGCCCGCGGGAUUCGAACCCAGGACCUUCGGUCUCGCGUGCGAACGUUUAACCUACUGGACCACUGAGCCGGCAUCCAAUGGUGAUAGUGUCUAACACGCGCACUGCUGAGAAGUCCCACAACAGGACGAAACGGCCGUCCAGUACUUCCAGGUUUCCAAAGGUAGUCUAACAUCAAUCGGUUCAUGAUCUCAAUUAAAAACUUUAUCUAUACUUAAACGACUUGGACUUUGCCGAUGUGCAUACAAAACUUUCAUGAUUCACUUCUUUCUCUAUCUCUUCUGUUGUUUUAUUAUUUUUUUAAAUCUAAAAACAUAAUUACAAAUAUAAACAGGAGUCAUUGGAGAAAAUGUUGUUUCUCUGGUGAUGGUGAAUACAUUUGCGCUGGUUCAAUGAAACAACAUUCUAUUUAUUUAUGGGAACGUGCUAGUGGAACUUUAGUAAAAAUUUUACAUGGUCAAAAAGGUGAAACAUUAUUAGAUGUUGUUUGGCAUCCUUUACGACCAAUUAUUGUUUCUAUAUCGAAUUCAGUGACUAAAGAACAAGUAUCUAUAUGGGCCCAAACACAAGUGCAAAACUGGUCAGCUUUCGCUCCAGACUUUAAAGAGCUCGAUGAAAAUGUGGAAUAUGAAGAAAGAGAAUCGGAAUUCGAUGUUGAAGAUGAAGAUAAAAUGAUUGAAGAGAACAAAAGUAAGUGCAUCUCUAUGUGUGAUUACAACCUUAUGAUUAUUAAUUCGUUUACUAAGUACAAUCUAGUGUAAGUGGCUCCAAGCCGAAUUCGAAGUAUGAGGGCUAGUGAUACUACUCGGUUACCCAAACCGUAAUAGAUGGGGCAGGGUUCAAACAUGCAAUCAUAACACAGAAUUUAUUACAUUUCUAUGUAUUUGGUUCAAUUAAGACAAUUGUUUGUGUGAAUAGGUGUUGUUACUCGACAUUGAUCGUGAGGACGUACUUAAACACUAGUAAAUCACAAUUUUAUUUUAUAGUAUAUGUUUUACGAAUUGAAUGAAUAAAUAAAAUACCAACUGGUAGUUAAUACUCAAUAAUACGGUGUAGCCGAAAGAUAACUGCUCACGAGAUCGAGCUAUUGACCCAUCUCCCCAAUUGAACUAAUGUAAGAAGACAAAAUGUAAUUUUUAAUGGAGUUUUGUUCUCUGAUCUGGAUGGUUUGGUUGUGGAGCUUUCAUCAUUCUUCUGAACGACAUCAUCAGCACAAACUUCGGGUAGAAGAGAACAUAAUGUACGUUGUCCGGAAAACGAGUCUGUUCUCUAUUAAAAUAACAUUCUUAUGUUGUAAAACAUAAAAUACAAAACAGACAUAAUUGAAUGUCAUGACCGAUUGAAGAAUAUACUGUUCGUAGUUCACACAGUCGACAAUGAAUUAAAAUUUCAAUAAUAGUAGAUUUAAUUUUCGCCCGACUUACCAACGUUAGUAUGAAAAAAAAAUUCUCAGUUAGAUAGUUAGUAGAGCUUGCUGCGAACUUCACCUCUCCACCGAACACUAAAAAUGUACACCAGUCCAAAUUGUCACACAUAAAUUAUCACAGUAGUGAAAAUUAAAACAACUAAGCUAAAUUAUUAGUAUCAAUGAUGACAAAGUCAGUCAGCGAGAGUAUAGUUUAGAGGGAACAGAUAAAAUUAAAAAUAAAAUGUAUGGAAUAAUACUAAAACUCAAAUUCUAGAAAACAAAAAUAAAAAAAUGAAUGCAUCUUCAUCAUUGAUACCGAUUUUAAGCCUAAAGUCUCUAGCCACUGACUACGAUUAUCGUACGGACAGCAAUCAGGAAGCGUAAACCUUCCAACAUGGCUCAUUUUGUUUAUCUAUUUGAACACAUAAACAUUGGUACAAGGGGGCACCAAAUAUAUAUGCCCGGCACAGUAACAAUGAGCCCAGUAGCAGUUACCGUUGAUUUGUGUGAGGGCUGUGAUACUGCCUGGAUGCCCAGACUGAAACAGGUCGUUUUCUGAGGGGGCCACACCUGGAGCCUUCGGCCUAAAGGUCUGAUCCACAAGGCAGUGAAACAACGUAAAGAGAUGUAGUCCCAUGGUAGCCGGUGACCAAUAAUUGGUUCAUAUGCCAUUUGUUCCACCAGGAUCAUAGAGUCCAUGUGCACGAAUGGUUUUAAUCAGGGUUUUCCAACCCCCUAUGUGGAUCGUCCAUAUCCACCAACCCGGUUAAAGCGCCGGACAUUCGCUUUUCUUCCUCUUAACUUCGUAAACGACACUUGUGUUGCGAGAAGGCAGUGAAUGGGACUUUCCUGGCAGAGGCUGUAUGCGCGUGGCCAUGUGAGAGCAUUUCUAGAAGGAGAGCGAACUGUCCCCACCCUCGACCGUACCAGGGAGUUUGGGGGCUCAGAUCAACGCUUAUUGACUUUAUCAACUGAUGCCACGUCUUUAUUUCUUUACCUCUAUAUUUUCCUUUCCCUUAUACUAAUCACCUUUGCACUGUGGGAUAACAUGUGACUGGGAUAUGUGAUACCUAUGUCCAAGUCAUCUGAAUAUUAGGAGAUCUAAAGACACAGUACGUCGAAGGUAAUCGCUUUUCUUAAGUGUAUCAGUUGUUUCACUGACCUCUAUGAAGAUUGAGGAAUUACUGAAAGACCAAGGCGGACUCUGAACUCUCAUGUUGAUGAAUACACUGAACGCGUAUGUUCUCUUGUGCUGUUCCAUAGUCAUUUCAUUGUCCAGAUAAUAAACUGAAUUCAGCCUAAGUCUCUGUGCACGGGAUUCUAGUAAGACGUGACAUAAUUAUAAGAUAGCUGAAGAGCUUGACUUCCAGCUAUAUUUUAAGUAGUAGAAAUAGUGAUGGAACAAUGUUUCUAUAAGUGAUUAAUAUUUUAAAGGUAUUAAGAUUAAUAUAUACCCGUCACUUUUGCAAAAUAAGGUUUAUAUAACCUUACUUUAUAUAUUUAUUUGAUGGACUAGUGCAAUUCUAACAUCUGAUUUCAUAGAUAUACUUUCCUUACUAAAUAGAAAGUCAUUCAAAUUUUAGUUUAAAUUAACCAAAGGACAUAAUCUCUUGAUCAUUAUAUUAUGUAAUCACUGUAAUCAUCAUCAACACAUUCAUAGAUUGUUUGUUAUAAGAUUCAGCUUUUUUUACAGACUCAAUCUCUUUGAAAUCAUUGCAUACAAAAUGUUAUAAUGAUGAAGAAGAGGAUGUAGAAAUCGAUAUUGAAACUAUGGAACCUGUACAAGCUCUAUUAAGCAGGUAAACGAGUAUUGUUAAUUGAGUAGUGUUUAUUCUCUAUUGGUAAUAAUGAUAGAAUUUAAUAGUUGAAUUCAUGAGUCAAUUGAAGCUAGACCAUCAUGGGAAACCUGGAAGCACUGAACAGCUGUUUCAUCUUAGUAUGGGACUCCUCAGCAGUGCGCUUUACUCAACAUAGUUAGUCCAUCAUAUAUCGACGAAUAUCAACAGUGAGAUGGGAAGUUAAACCAAAUGAAACAAAAUAAAUGUCCUGGUUUCUAAUUAUUUAUUUUAUUUAAACACAAAUAUUGGUACAAAAAGGCACCAAAAUAUAUAUGUGCUGCACAACAAAUCAUUGAGCUUCUGCGUGGGCUGGAAUACCGCUCGGGUGUCUAAACCGAAGCAAAUGGUUUUCAUAGGAAACCACUCUCCAAGCCAAAAGGUCAGUCAGUCAGUUAGUCAGUAACAACGUAGAACUUCGUACAUAUGUACAUCAGUUCGAGUUGCCACACCACAUUAGCACAGAGAUGCAGUUGUCGAUUCAAAUCCCGUAGUGGUAGAGGUAGCAAGAGUAUAAGCAGUAAUCGGGAAGAUUAGGGUUUGGAGAUGUUAUUUAAAGAGUAUAAUCCAGUGAAAUAAAUUUGGAAAGAGGAAAAAAGGGACAUGAAGGAUUCAGAAGAUUAGAAUUUGGGAGAACACAGAGAGUGGAUGCACCUGCGCCAUUGCAAACGAUUUUGAGCCAUGUCAUUCAGGGUCUCUAACCAUCGGUUGCUAUCAUCUCGCGGUCCCCAACCAGGUAGUCUACACCUACCA